GCAGUGAACUGCCGUGAUGGCUGUCCGCGACGGCCUCCGGGUAGCCCUGCUGCUCUUCUUCUGCUGCCUGCUGCCUCAGGAGUCACACUCGCUGGGACGGCUGCCCAAAGCAUACAGGCCCCCGCCUCACCUGCCGCUGGAGGGCGGUCUGUCGCGGAACGCGCGGCUGUGCGGCGCCUCGCGGCUGCUGGACGGUCUGGUGUCGGGCCCCGAGUCGCUGGCCGAGCGGCAGGGUCAGCUUUACACGGGCCUCAACGGCGGCCACGUCGUGCGCAUAGACCCGCUCACAGACCAGGUCACUUCCGUCGCCAAGUUCGGCAGGUCCUGCGAAGGCCCCUGGGAUGAAGAGGCGUGUGGCAGACCGGCGGGCGUCAAGUUCGCCAGCGACGGCACGCUCAUUGUCGCCGACAUGUACUACGGACUCUUCAGGGUGGACGUCGACACAGGGCAGUCGUGGCAGCUGGUGUCGGUGAACGAGACGAUCGCCGGCAGGAGGCCCGGGCUGCCCAACGGCGUGGAGACGGCGCCCGACGGCUCCAUCUUCUGGUCAGACUCCAGCACCGCCGCCAACUUCCGCAACGCCAUCGUCGAGUUCCUGGACGACGCCAGCGGCAGGGUGCUGCGACUGGACCCAGAGACGGGCACCAACACCGUCUUGGCCGACGAACUACGCUUCCCCAAUGGCCUGCUCUUGACACCUGACCAGAGCCACCUGUACAUCGCAGAGACUGGCCGCAACAGGAUUCUCAGGUGCCGGCUAUCGGACGGGUCGGUGUCGACGCUGGUGGAAGGCCUGCCGGGCGCACCGGACGGACUGCGGCCGGGCCCGAGCGGCGCGGGGGUCCUGGCGGCGCUCAUCUCCACCGACACGCCGUCGCGCGCCACUCUGCCAGAACUACUGGCGCCACUGCCGAAGGCGCGCGCCGCGCUGCUGCUGCUCCUGCGCGCCAACCGGGCGCUGCUCGCCACCGCCAAUACCGCGCUGCCGCUGCAGGCCACGCGCAGGAUCACGCACGUGCUUGGACAUACUGAGACUGUAUUCCGAGAGACAAUGGCUCGGAGCAUGGUAGUUUGGUUGGAUGAUGAAGGUGGAAUCUUAACAAGCCUGCAGUGUCCUUCUGGAACUACACGAUACAUUUCAGAAGCCAUUGUUGUGGGUAAUAAUAUUUACCUAGCAUCACCAUUCAACAAUUAUAUCGGACGCCUUCCCACCGAAUCUCUGUUAUCACAGCUCUGAUGAUAAACCAUUCUCAAGAAUAAAAACUCUGCUCAGUGUAUUGACAAGCUAAAAUAAAUAGAACAUUGUUGCAUAUAUGGGGUCAUUGCAUCUCCUUGGAAAGGAGCAGCAAAAAUGAUGGUGCAAUACUAUCAUUUGAGAUGUUCACUUGCUCAAUAUACCCCAAGGACAUCAAGACAUUUAGUCAUCUUGCCAUAGGUGAUAGUGUGCAUUGUGUCUGACCAUGUACUGAACAGCAAUGCAGAAGUGUGGGUUCAAGUGGAACCACAGACUAGAACUAAUUUGAUUUGGAACACUUCACAUACUUAAAUGAUUUUGCCAUCUCAGUACAUACAGCAUAGGCUUGGGCAAAUUUAUAUUACAGUUACUGUUGCAAAAUGAUCAGUGCCAUAAGCUGUUUACAACCAGCUGUGCUGAAUAUUUUUGUUUGAGAAAUCAUGUGCUGGUGAUAAUAUUUUAGAAUGUAAUAUAAGUAGCCAGAACUUAUAUGUGAGUGUUGGGACUCACAGGUAAUUUUAUGUGACAGCUAUGAGUCUGUAACUAAAAUAAUUGUAAUACAUUUCUUUGUGUCAUCAUUUUGUAAAACUUUUUAUCAAGACUUCAGAGUGCUUAUAAAGUACAAAUACUGUUUAUGUAA